GUGAGACGAAAACAUGCACUGAUCACUUCUGACCGCCGUGUAGCCUCAAAAAAUGUGGACCGAGGCGCAAAACGACAGCAAGCUCGUCCCAGACAGGGUCGUCAACGCUUCGGAGAUGGUUGACCCAGAUCUGACCUGGCAGGCAUUGCAGAGAAAUGGUUCCACUGCACCAGCUGCUCAUCCAUCAAGCACCGAAGACACUUUAAACACAAGUAAUGGAAUCAUUCCUGGAGCCAUUGCGGCCGCCAUGUUCAUCACGAUGUUACUGGGCCUCUACGCCGUGCUCUGGAAGUGCAUGGUGUCGCCACCGCAAAGAAAGCGCCGGAAAGUGAGAGGAAGACUUCAUCAAAGAAUGUCAGCGUGACGACAGGACUGGGCUAGCAAAGGGCGUACAGUAAAAUACCAGUUUUUCAAGAUGUUUUCUCCAAAAAGUGUGGACUGAAAUGUGGGCGAACCACUAAAGAACUUCGAUACAGCUAAGUGAAGGGGACUGUUUCCACUCAGCGUCACUCUUUUACUGGCACGUCCUGUUGACUGGAGGCUGCUCGUUGUUCUGUUUUGAAGUCUGCUGCUUUUUACUCUGUGAACUCUGCACUACUGAGGGCUGAGACUGCUCACUCCUUAAAUGACCAAUAAGCUGUGUGUGUGUGUGUGUGUGUGUGUGUGUAUGUGUUUGUGUGUGAGUGAAGAUAUUGUGUCGGCUGACGCAGCCGAGUAGCUUCUAUUUUGAAACCUAAAUGAAACCCAAAGUUUUCCUUCCAAGUAUACGAAGGAGUAUUAAAUCCACCCUAAAAAUAAAAGAAAAAAAAUGACUACCAAUUUAAAGUAGCAAAUUUACAAGGUCAAAGUUGCAUAUUUUUUAGACUAAAGUCAUAAUUUUAUGAGGAUAAAGUUGCAUAUUUCCAAGAGAGUCGUGUAUUUUUCAGAUUAAAGUCGGGAUUUUAAGAGAAUAAAGUAUAUUUUCAAGAUAGUUGUCUUUUCGAGAUUAAAAUUGUAAUUUUAAAAGACUAAAAUAGUAUAUUUCUGAGAAAAAAAGUCGUAUAUUUUCGAGAGCUUUAUUUUUUGAGAAUAAGUUGUAAUAUAAUGAAAAAUAUAUGGUAUACUCAAUGUCUGGGCACAUCAACAUCAGAGCUAGAGAGCAGUAUUAAGACUACUGAUAUUGAAAUGAAUAAUGAACACCUUAUUCUCGUGAUAUUACAACUUGAAUCUAGAAAAUAAUUCAUUUGUCUAAUAGCAUAAUUGUGUGUGUGUGUUUUUUUUAAACAUUUUUGGAAAACAAGAAGAAAAAAAACCAACAACAAAAAAGAAGAGUCCAGUUGCCCCAAGUCAACUUUGGGCGAUUACCAUGACCUGGACAACUACAAGUCUACACAGAUAUAAAGAAAAAACAUUUUUAGUAAGAACAUUCCUAAUUGUCAUUGAUAUUGUGACUGAGUUAAAAAUGACUUGGGCAAUUACGCUCUUGGGCUAAUGAAUUAUAUAUUUCAUCCUAGAGAAUAUACAACUUUAUUAGUAGUUUAAUGACUUAUCUCCAAAAUAUGCUUGCUUCUUAAAAAAUAUAAGACUUGAUUCUCAUAAUACUUGACCUUUUUAUCUCCCCAAAAAUACUGCUUUUUAUCUUGAAAAUCUACAGCUUUAUCCUUG